UUUUCUAAGGAAGAAUGAACGGGAGGCGAAUGGGUUCCGGCAAAAAGAGCUGUGUCGAGUUUCAGAUCAGAAAAUACUAAUGAGAAAGAUCAGUGUUAUCGAGAAAAAAAUCUGAAUAGAAAUACAUUUAGAAAUCGACCAUCACAGGUUUCUAACACAUAUAUGAAUCAGAGAUUCACGAGAAACUAGUUGAAGAAUAGGAUUAUAUUAAUGUGAAAAUAUAAAGUAUGAUAACUAGGCACGUCAGACCACGUGACGAAGGCUGCCAGUGUAUUUGACGGACAGCUUGCGUACAUAUUUAUAAUCCUCCAUGUUUCCUGAAUUAAAAGUUGUAGCACAUCUUGCACUUUCUUUUACAGUUGUGUUUAUCAAAUAGCGAUUGUCAUUACUCCCGAUGGCCUGCAGACGGGUCGCCGGCGGAUUUUGCUCCCGCUUGUCGAGACUUAGCAGCUUCCCCAUCUCGGCUGCUCGCCGUGCAUCAGCCGUCGCCCACCGCCCCGAGGCCGCGUCGCGGUUCUUGUCGCCCUCCCGCGUGCUGUCCCGGCCGCUGCCCCUCGCACCCUGUCGUAGGGUGUCAUUCAACGUGCAGGACGGCGAGGACUUCACAGAGAGGGUCAUCAACAGCGAUGUGCCUGUACUAGUUGACUUCCAUGCUCAGUGGUGUGGUCCCUGUAAAAUCCUUGGUCCCCGGCUGGAGAAAGCAGUUGCCAAGCAGCAGGGACGUGUUGUCAUGGCGAAGGUUGACAUAGACGAGCACACAGACCUGGCCAUCGAAUAUGGGGUGUCAGCAGUUCCUACUGUGAUCGCCAUGCGGGCCGGAAAGGUCCUUGACCAGUUUGUGGGGAUCAAGGACGAAGACCAGCUGGACUCAUUCGUUGGCAAGCUCGUUGGACUGUGAGCGGGUCACUUUCCAUGCUGCUGCUGUUCCCCCUGUCACCACUCUGAAACUGAAUCUUCAGUAUGUACAGAGAUGACAUUCACGUGCUGAAAUACUAACACGAACAUGAUAACAUACAUGCCACAACUAAACAACUCCUUAGCUGAAAGGGCAUGGAGUUCAGUUGCAUCCUUGUAGACUGGAGCGUUUAGGGAAAAAAUUAUUUUGUUCUGUGAAACUUUAAACUCUUAAAACUCUUCUGUGAAUGAUGCAAGAACUUGAGCUGGUGUCAGUGCUGUACUAGCAAUCUGGAGGUAAUAUGACGCGAAGGCGAUGACCCUGCUUAACUAUGAUUUGCAGUUACUUAUUUUGACCACAGGGUGGCAGCCCCAGCUGAUUAAUACUCUGCCCGAUAAUGUGAGUUUUGCACGUGACGUUCAGGGUUUUUCUAUCUCAUGUCAUUGUCUCUUGUUCGGGUCUGGACUUUGUAUUAUGUUGUAUUAUAAUGAAUUAUUCAGCGAAGAAUGAAUUUUAAUGAAGUUUCGGAAUGGCUUAGAAUCUAAAACCAAAUAAAUAGAAAGGAGUGUUUCAUUGUUUCACCAACAA